UAGCCUGCACCUCACCUCACACCCACAUGUACUGCUAGGUUAGGCUUACCCGCUCCUACUAAGUCUUUUACAUAUUUUUGUUUUGAGUUUAAUCUGAAUGAAUGUUGUGACUGAAAACAUGGAUUCUACACUUUACAAGAGGAUUGUCCCGUGGUUUUCCAUGGAUGAAUGGAAAUUGGUAUACAAUUUGGUGUAUUCGGAGAGUCAUGAAGACCAGAAAUGUGGUUUGAAUCGUUUAGUUGGCUGGAAAGCAAGGUGCCAGUCAUUGCCACCAGCAGUGGAAUGUACACUUUGUAUUUUUCAAGUUCUUAUUGAGGACCCUGACCAUCUAUCUGAAAAAUGUGUUUCUGUAGCCAUAGAACAGCAGCUUCGUCUCAUGUACUCUACUGCUGUCAUGAGAUUCCUCAACUUGAUGCUCGAAGUUCCCAACCAGGAAGAUCUCAGAGGAUCAAUGUAUAGCAAAGCCGAAAAUCUUGGAAUUCCAGAAUGGAUUGUGAACCUCCGUCAUGACGCUGCUCAUGGCGUGUCUCUCCCAGAUUUAAGCUUACUGAGGGCUGCAUCUGUAUUUAUAUCCAAGUGGUUGCACGAAUACUAUUGGGAACAAGAAUCCCAAAUCGUAAGUGAUUGGCAUGUCACCCCAGCAGUUGUAUACACCUUGUCAGCAGAUGAGAGAGAACUUCGCAGUAUCAUUGAAUCAUGGGAAGCACUCAGCUUGUAUGAUCUAGCUGGUUUUGAAAACAUGAGUCAAAUUCCAGAUAAUGACUUGAAGAGUUCAGUAAAAUCUAUUCAUGAAAUGCUGAAACAGGGGAAUAAACAAGAAGUAGAAGUUACAGUGAGACGAUCAAAGGUAUCAACUGCCUUAUCACUUGUACUUCGUAAACUUGUUCGUUUCUUCAAAAGUAGAUCUGGGACUAUGGACAAGGCUUCACUUCUGGCCGAUAUAGUUGUAGGCGGAGAUUUUCUUCUACCGUCUGAGAGCUUAAUGCAGAUACUCAAACCAAGUGGGAGUGAGCAAGGUAUUCUGCUGGAACUCCCUCCUGAGCUUUCAAAGUGUUGUUCGGAUUUUAUGAAUACUCUAUGGACCCUAGGUGCUAUACCUGCUCUUGUUUUAAAGCUUAUUUCUUUUUCUAUGAGCCCAACUCAGACAGACAUACGUAGAAGUGUUGCAGCAUUAUGGGUGCAAAAAGUUUUAGCAUCAUGUGUUAAGGUGCGAGAAGCACGGAAGGUACGAUUGGCCAUUCGUGAUAAGUUGGACUUCAAGGAUAUUGCCCAACAUUACAAGUCUUCAUUACCUGGUGAAAGUAGAAAUGCUGUCUUGACUGCACUUGCUUUUGCUGCUGUGGAGAAUCAGAGACCAGAUUUGAAAGUUGGUUAUUCUUGGAAGGUAUCUCAAAUUCCUAGUGUGUUAACAUCUAUGGAUCUUAUAAGACAAGCAGUCUUUCCACCUUCCAAAUUUAGCAGCUUUUACCUUCCUUGUGCUAUGGAACUUGUAACACCCCGUAUGGCCAUACAGUCCAGGAUGCAACUUAUGGAUUUAAUAAAUAACUACUCUAAUGAUGAAUCAGAUAUUUUAGAAUUCUCCGAAGGAGAAAUUUCAUCAGUCAGUGAGUUUAUAAACAGAGUUGCUGAUAAAGAUAAAACCCAACUGUCAAUGACUGAACCAAAACAGAAGUCUGCGUGGUCACUUAGUCAAUGUCAUUUGGAGUGGGGCAAAAGCCCUCUAGGUGUUUUACCAUGGCAACGUGAGCAAGCUAAGUAUAGCUCUGUGCCUGAGUCGUUCAUGUUAGGUAAAUGGAACAGUGCGCCAGAGAAAAAAGAGACUGCAUGUGAGGAGAACUGUUCCAAUGAUUUAUCAUCUAUUCAUCGUAUUAAGGCGGGCCGAGUCAUGAAAACUUAUGUAAAAACUAUGACUCCCAAGAAAGUAUUGAAAACUAGGAGUGCAAGUCCUAAUCAGAGAGCCAUAAAAUUUGUCUCAUCCUUAUAUCAAAAUAACUUUGUGUCACACAAACACUGAUAAGUUACGGACUUUAUCAUGUACUGUGCCUUAAAUGCAAACAUUUGGUUUCCUAUGUUUCUUGUAUUUCUUUGCUUUGAGGAUGAUAUAAUUUCAAUUGUAUAUUGUGCCUCAGGGUUUUGAAAACAUAAUGUGUACCCAGGAUAAUUUGCUAAUAUUUUCAUGUUUAUCAAACUUUCUUUUCUCAGUUUUAUGUUUAAAAAUUGAUUCAAUAAAAGCCUUCAUAAGAUAUAA